UCGGUUCCGGCAGGCCCAAGAUCCGUGGCCCCGCGGAUCCCUGCUGCCGCUCGACGGCCGUCGCCUCCCUAGACCGCGGCGACGGGAGACGCGAACGCCGCUGUACCGCGCGCGAUGGUGGCAGCACGGGCCACGGGUCGCCAGCCGCCGCUGAGGGACAGGGACCCCGAGGGACCCCGGAGACCAGCGGCGACACCGCCGGCACAGAUGCCGGAGGAGUCCGCGACCCAGCGGCACGCGGCAACGCGGGUGACCUCGUCGCGGCUACCCGCUUGGUAGCAGCAACCUUGCCAUCGGGCCGCUGCUGCGCCUGUAGCUGUGCUCGGAGCCUCAAAUUCUCCGCCAUCAGCUGCACCACCUGGUCAUUGGCGGAAGCAACCGAAGGCAGAACCUUCGAGACUCGCGAGACGACUUCCCGCAGCCUGCGGCCAGCAGCUUUGGUUUUGGCACUGGUCGCCGCAUACGACUUGACGGUCUUCAUGGCCCUGCCUAUGACCAAGGCAGGGUCCCGAAGACCGCCCUCCUCCUCUUCUGUCGUCCGCCCGUCCAGCGAGGCGACAGACAUCGACGCCGAUGACGGCGCCGGUGACGGUGCGCCCUUCCCCCGAGCGGGUCUCCCUUUAGGGGGCGGCAUCUCCUCCGCGGCAGAGGCCGAAUCGGAGACUACCACCACUUUCUCCGGUGGGGCAUCCGUGUCAGAGGACGACGUUAGCCCCCCCUUCCCUUCGCGGGAAGAAACUCCCCUCGAUUUCCUCUUCCGCCUGACUUUCCCUUUCGGGCCAGCCGCCUCGCAGUCGCUGACGAGCGCAGAGCGCGUCGAGCCAGCGCUGGCACACCUCGGUUCGACGGGUUUUCCGCUGCCCGUCGCACAGCCCCCUUCAUCGUGGCAUGCUUUGCCCCCCCCAGAAUACGUGGGGCAGCAUGCUCCCACCGAAGUGGAAGCACGGAGGGAUUCUCCACCUAGAGUGGUACCCUCCUGGGGUAAUGUUUUUUGUAAGUUUGCCAUCAUUCAUUUCGUUCCUUUGUUAUUUAACCAGGGGUCGGUCCCCUGGGACGGCCCUCACGACUGGACACCCUCCAGCCACUCAUCCCAUCACCGGGCACGUCACAGGCUUAGGAUUAGGGCAUUUUUUAUAGAGGUUUGCAUCCUCGCGGCCCCUACUAGGCAGCGGCCCCCGCCCCCCACCAAGUGGGGAUUACGGUAUGGGACAACCCUUGGGACUAGACUCCCUCCAGCCAUUCAUCCCAUCGUCAGGUGUCAAAAACUUGGGAUUGGGGCAUUUUUUAUAGAGGUUCGCAUCCUCACGGCCCCUGCUAGGCAGCAGCCCCCGUCCCCUACUCGGUAGGGAUUGCGGUGUGCUUCUUCGAAGCCACGCCGGUAAACCGGUACCCCCCUUUGGGGGGCCUUCCCCUGUAGCCGCCAAGAGGCAGCCGGGGACAUGGCAACCAGCGACCGGAAGGGAGUGCCCUCCGGUUCACUUCUCAUCCACGUGGGGUCUACCAUUACUGACAGACCCACACGUCCGACCACGGUGUGGCCACGCCGGCGUACCGGUACCCUCCUCUGGAGGGCCUUCCCCUUUAGCAGCCAAAGAGCUGCCGGGGACAUGGCCUAGCAUCCAAGAGGGCUCCAGAAGGGAGCCCUCUCCCGCUUCACACACACUUUGUCCAGCAAAGGUGGGAAACGGGAACACGGUGUGCAGUCUUCUUUGUUCACGGCACCCCUGUGCAGACAACGCUGCUCCACGGUAUCGGGGUGCACGCUUAAGCCCCACCGCCGCGACAAGGCGAGACCACGUUCGGUGGGGAAUGUCCUCACCUUAGGCGAACCAUGCCGGCUAUCUUCAUUUUACAUUAGUUUUCACAAAUGGACUACAGCACUCGCCUAUAGCACUGAAAAAAAAAAGAAUUGAAGUAAAUAAAAAAAAUCAAGUCAAACAGUUUUAUUCGUAUAUUUAUAUAUUUUUAAGUUACUACUACAAACUUAGCCUAGCAUAGAAUAUAAAUUCUUAUUUAUAUUAUGAGAGUACUUAGAAGUUUAAUCGGUUACUGCGUUGUGGUUCUUUUAUACCUUGUACUGAUCUGAUAUUAACAAUAAAUCUAUAUCAAUUUCAGAGAGUUGAAAUAGGACAUUUUUUUAAUUUUUAUUAAUUGUAAAUGAAUAUUUUGUUAGAAGAUAUACUUACUAUCUACUAUGUACUAUCUACGCCCAUAGUAAGUAACGUAACAUUUUAAUUUUAGUUUGUUUUCUUGGUUAAAUAUUAUAUUAUAUUGUAAUUUUUGAUUAGUAAACUAUGUAUGAACUAGUCAUUAAACAAAAAAAUAUUGUUAUGCUGUUAGUACUUUUAUAACUUAACAUUCGGAGAUGAAAUGUAAUUAAGUAUUUACUUAUUUUGUUUAAAUUCAUAGAAGCUAACUUUUGCUUCCGAUGUUUUAUUACUUAUUAAUUAUUUAAUUAUAGAUUUCUACAGUAAAUUUAUAUCUCUCAUAUUAUAAGUAAAUAAAAGGAACUAUGAAACUGUCGAACCUUUAUAUUUACUUAAAACUCAAAAUAAAGUAGAAACAUAAAAUAUUGUUAAUUUUUUUUUUUUGUUUUAAACGGUUUGGCGCGAAAAAAUGAGAUGUACUUAAGGUCGUUCGUAUUUUUUUAUAGGCGAUAAAAUAGUGUUAUUAUUAUAAAUUGCUUUAAUAGGCAGAUGAGCAUACGAUCCACCUGAUGGUGAGUGGUGACUGAUGCGCCCGGUCUUGGUGUCUCGGGUGCAUUACAAAACAAUUUUUAUAACGUUAACUUUUUGCAAGAAAAGGUGUUGAUGGAACAAAGCAUAUAUUCUGCUCUCAACUAAUUCCUUUUUUUUACCUUCCUAUAUAAUUUAAUAUUCAUUUAUUACAAAUUUUUCAAUUAAAAAUUAAUCGAUUAAUCGAUUAAUAUUAUUUAUCUUGAAACAGCAUGUGUUAAGACUUUAAAUUAAUUCGCAAGAUGUAAAUGAUAAAAAAGUGAUUAAUUUACUUAAUUAAUUUCUUCAUUAGGAAAAGAGCUGUAACAUUUACACAGUAGCUUCAAUUUUCUUCUAGUAGAUGACAUUAAUACUUAUUAAAAUGCUAAAAAAUGUAAUGGUGCUGUAAUAAAUGUUUUUACUUUUGUAAUGAA